AUGGGUAGCGGCUUGCCGAAGGAGCGCGUCAGUGUCGCCGUCGCCACCGGCAUCUUGAGCUGCAGCAGGUGCGGCAUCCGCUCGUGGAGGGAUGUUGUAGCCGGCAUGGAAACGAUGAAAUGUCUGCGCAGCGUGGCGCUCGACGGAAACAAGCUUCGCAAGCCUGUGCCGCCCGCCUUUAUGCGGCUGCAGCUUUGGUCCUCGUUGAGGACGCUUGAUCUGUCAUCAAACGGCCUGACGUGUGCUUGUGUGAUGGGCCGCCUCGGCGCUUGCACCCGAUCGGCGACAGGCGUGCACCAUUAUAGCGAUACGCGUGUGACGUACCCGCUUGAGUCCCUCAACCUGUCGGGCAACUCACUGCACCAGCUUCCGCCGCUUCUUCUUUGCCUGUUUCCGAAGCUGCGGCGGUUGAUAUGCCGUGGGAACAAUCUGCGGCUGACCAUCGACGGUGGUCUUGCUCGCUGCAUCGGACCUGGCGCGGCGCUGGCGACGGUGGAUCUCGGCAGCAGCGGGAUUCAAAAGUUCUGCCUAAAUGACGUUGCCGAUGGGGAGAUGGAGCCGUACCCCUCCCUCCGCGAGCUGCUUCUGGACGGAAACCACAUUGGUGGCGUCUUCACGCUCGUAUCGAUGCAGGUGGCGCCUCAGACACUGCAGGCGGUGCUCCCACAGAUGAGGACGCUCAACAUUGCGUCGCAGCACGGGGUACUCGAACGCAUAGAUCCCUCGGUGUAUGCCGUCGCCCCGUCACUCAACGCAAUUGACGUGUCGGGCAACGCACGUCAGACGAGCAUAAUGGAAGAGUUGCGUGAGUCUGACGAGUACAAACAGUGGUGUGAGCGCCAUAAGAGUGCUGUGGAUAGGCAGUUGCUUUGUAAUGGAGAUGUUACCCUGAUGUGA